CCACACUUUGAUUGGCUGAACCUCCGGGUCCGCGCCCGUUGCCCUCGCGCACAGGCCAAUUGGCACCUGUGUAGCAUCCUCCCGGGGCACGGACGAAGGGGGGGGAGGCGGCGGCCAUCUUGAGCCGCUGCCGCCAUUGGAGUGCCCCCCCCUUCUCUCCCCCCCUUUUGCCUCUUGACAGGAAAGGUUUAAGGGGGGAAUCGAACCCUGGGAGGCCGGGCCGGGCUCGGGGGCCGCCCCGGGGGCCCGGGCCAUGGAUGUACGUCGUCUGAAGGUGAACGAACUUCGCGAGGAACUGCAGCGCCGCGGCCUGGACACUCGCGGCCUCAAGGCCGAGCUUGCUGAGCGGCUGCAGGCGGCGCUGGAGGCCGAGGACCCCGACGACGAGCGGGAACUCGAGGCCGACGACGAGCCGGGGCCGCCCCCCGGGCACCACAACGAGGAGGUCGAGACCGAGGGGGGCUCCGAGCUGGAGGGGACCGCGCAGCCACCGCCGCCCGGGCUGCAGCCGCACCCGGAGCCCGGCGGCUACUCGGGGCCGGAUGGACAUUAUGUCAUGGACAAUAUUCCCAGGCAGAACCAGUUCUACGAGACCCAGGUCAUCAAGCAGGAAAAUGAGUCAGGCUAUGACGGGAGACCGCUAGAUAUGGAGCCACCACCAUCCUCCUAUCCCCCAGACUUAAAGACGGAGAUGAAGCAAGAAGCACCCCCCAGCUUCCUCCCACCUGAAGCAUCUCAGCUCAAGCCAGACAGACAGCAAUUCCAGAGUCGAAAGAGGCCUUAUGAAGACAACCGGGGGCGUGGCUACUUUGAGCACCGAGAGGACCGGAGGGGCCGCUCUCCUCAGCCUCCUGCAGAAGAGGAUGAGGAUGACUUUGACGACACCCUUGUGGCUAUCGACACAUAUAACUGCGACCUGCACUUCAAGGUGGCCCGGGACCGGAGUAGUGGCUAUCCACUCACAAUCGAGGGCUUUGCGUACCUGUGGUCAGGAGCCCGUGCCAGCUAUGGGGUCAGAAGGGGCCGUGUGUGUUUCGAGAUGAAGAUCAAUGAGGAAAUCUCCGUGAAGCACCUUCCUUCUACAGAGCCUGACCCCCAUGUUGUCCGUAUUGGCUGGUCCCUGGACUCUUGCAGCACCCAGCUAGGUGAAGAGCUUUUCUCCUACGGCUAUGGAGGCACAGGGAAGAAAUCUACCAACAGCCGCUUUGAGAACUACGGAGACAAGUUCGCAGAGAACGAUGUGAUUGGCUGUUUUGCAGACUUUGAAUGUGGAAAUGAUGUGGAACUUUCCUUUACCAAGAAUGGAAAGUGGAUGGGCAUCGCCUUCCGGAUCCAGAAGGAAGCCUUGGGGGGGCAGGCCCUCUACCCGCAUGUCCUGGUAAAGAACUGCGCGGUGGAGUUCAACUUCGGUCAGCGGGCAGAGCCCUACUGCUCGGUCCUCCCAGGGUUCACUUUCAUCCAGCACCUUCCCCUUGGAGAGCGGAUCCGGGGCACCGUCGGACCAAAGAGCAAGGCAGAAUGUGAGAUUCUGAUGAUGGUGGGCCUGCCUGCUGCCGGCAAGACCACAUGGGCCAUCAAACAUGCAGCUUCUAACCCUUCCAAAAAGUACAACAUCCUGGGCACCAAUGCCAUCAUGGAUAAGAUGCGGGUGAUGGGCCUGCGCCGGCAGCGAAACUAUGCUGGCCGCUGGGAUGUCCUGAUCCAGCAGGCCACCCAGUGCCUCAACCGUCUCAUCCAGAUCGCCGCCCGCAAGAAACGCAACUAUAUCCUCGAUCAGACAAAUGUGUAUGGGUCUGCUCAGAGACGAAAAAUGAGACCGUUCGAAGGCUUCCAGCGGAAAGCCAUUGUCAUUUGUCCCACUGACGAGGACCUGAAAGACCGAACAAUAAAGCGGACGGAUGAGGAGGGGAAGGAUGUUCCGGACCAUGCUGUCUUGGAAAUGAAAGCCAACUUCACCUUGCCCGACGUGGGCGACUUCCUGGACGAGGUGCUGUUUGUGGAGCUGCAGCGGGAGGAGGCGGACAAGCUGGUGAGGCAGUACAACGAGGAAGGCCGCAGGGCUGGGCCGCCCCCCGAAAAGCGCUUUGACAACCGAGGCGGCGGCAGCUUCCGGGGCCGUGGGGGUGGCGGUGGCUUCCAGCGCUAUGACAACCGGGGCCCUCCCGGAGGCAACCGUGGAGGCUUCCAGAACCGAGCAGGCGGCAGUGGUGGAGGAGGCAACUACCGAGGAGGCUUCAACCGCAGCGGAGGUGGUGGCUACAACCAGAACCGCUGGGGUAACAACAACCGGGAUAACAACAACUCCAACAACCGAGGCAGCUAUAACCGGCCACCCCAGCAACAGCCUCCACCCCAGCAGCCGCCACCCCCACAACCACCGCCCCAGCAGCCGCCGCCGCCACCCAGCUACAGCCCCGCACGGAACCCCCCGGGGCCCGGCAGCUACAAGAACAGCAGCAUCCCCGGCUCCAGCGCCAACACCAGCACCCCCACCGUGAGCAGCUACAGCCCCCCGCAGCCAAGUUAUAGCCAGCCACCCUACAACCAGGCAGGCUAUGCCCAGGGCUACACAGCCCCACCGCCUCCACCUCCGCCGCCACCUGCCUACAACUAUGGGAGCUACGGCGGCUACAACCCGGCCCCCUACACCCCUCCGCCACCUCCCACGGCACAGACCUACCCACAGCCUGCCUAUAACCAGUAUCAGCAGUACGCCCAGCAGUGGAACCAGUACUAUCAGAACCAGGGCCAAUGGCCGCCGUACUACGGGAGCUAUGACUACGGGAGCUACUCGGGCAGCACACCCGGCGGCACCAGCACACAGUAGCACCAGCCUGGGCUCCUCCACCAGCGCCUGCCUGCCUAAGCGACCACCUGCCCCAGUCCUGCCCACUCCCGUGGGUCCUGGUCCAAGGCCGGGACGUCCUGGGCUGCCUUCCUCCAGAGGGGACGGGGCAUCGUGAGCCGCCUUCCUUCAGAGGGGCUUCUUGCCCCUCAGGCCAGGCAUUUUUCUCUGGAUUCAGAUAGGCAACAAUGACCUUUUAUUUUCUGUUGUUUCCCUCUACUUGCCCUUCUUCCCUCCCUCCCCCAGCCCCCAUCUCUUUUUUGACUAGAGAGUACCCCUUCCACCUUGGUCACAGUGACUGGGGGGGAGGGGGGCCUGUCCGCUCCCUGAGCCCCACCCCAACCCUCAGCCUCCCAGCCCAGCCCCUUCAUGCAGUUGGUUGUAAAUUCUUCCAGGAGCUGUUUUACUGUCUACUUUUCAGGAUUAAAAAAAAAAAAUCAAAAACUUU